CGUGGAGGAAUGGCCCAUCAUCUCAUCUCAUCCUUCUUUCGUCAACUACAGCCCUUUUCAUCCACAGGACGCAUCCACACAUACAUCGCAUACAUCCCCCCAGGAAGAAGGACCGCCCGACCAGGAGACUCUCUCAGGCAUACACUGGACAACAGACAACAUACACACACAUACCCUCAUCACCAUCAAACUAGACUAUGAUGACUGCUGCUACUGAGGACACACACACUUCGCCCGCCACCGCCACCGGCCCUGCCUCGGCUUCGAAACAAAACUCGUCUAUUCGCUUCACGGUUGGAAAGGUCGACGCAGGUAUGACCAUCCUGCUGACAGAAGACCAUCAUCUCAUCGAGUUCCCUUCCUUGCUGCUGCCCAAGGGCGUCUCUGCUGGCUCCGUCGUCAACAUCUCCGUCAACCGCGAUCUCGACGAGGAGCACCACCGUCGCAACGAGUUCUGGGCACUUCAGGACGAGAUCCUCGACCAGUUUGGCAAGAACCCACCCAAAACACCGACUCUGCACGUCAAGGCGCUCACGCAAUCGACCUGCAUACUCGAGUGGGACUCCCUGGUUCUGAACCAGGCCAGUCUGCGCUCAUUGGACGUCUAUAAGAACGGUGUCAAGCAAGGCCACUCGAUCGCAAACCCGUUCCAUACGAACCAAUACAAGCUGCAGGGACUGGAGAUCGACCACGAGUACAGCUUCUACAUCGAAAUCAAGACCUCGGCGGGAACGCUUCGAAGCAACGAGGUGAAAGCCAGGACCCACACGCUCGAGAACCUCACAGGAACCAACAUUUGCUUCGGUGUCUUUGAAUCCGAGGCCGCGCUGGAGGAGUGUAAGAAGCUGAUUGUUGAGAUUGGAGGCACCUGGACAGAGGAGGUCGGCAUCGAGACGACACAUUUGCUGUGUCAUGUUCAGGGAGGAUACAACUAUGAGGCUGCAUUGCAGCAGUCCAUCCCGAUUGUAAAGCCUGAAUGGCUCAAGGCCUGUGUCGAGCACAAGAAGCUGCAGGCAGCAUUGCCCUAUUACCUCGUGCAGCCCAGCAGCAAUGGCAUCUCCAGUCACCCAGAGACCCCAGUACAAGAUUAGAGAGGUCAUCCAUCAGGAAGGAAGGCUAAUAAAAGUGAGACUAUCAUGUGAUCUUACGGCGUUUUGGCAUGGAGAGUGAGAGUUGUGGAGUACUUUGGGUCAAUCGAGGGUGUCCUGGGAGGCGGCACCUUACCACAAUAAACGGGCACCUGUACAUUCUUAUCGACUGCGGUUCGUUUUUUUUUUUUCGUCAUUCAACGCUCAUAGGGUUAUUUUUUUAGACAGGUGUUUUAUUGAUAAAAGCAACAGUAAGGA